UAGAUCUGUCUCGGUGUCUGACAACUUUGUAGGUGUGUCCAGAAUUUGUUUGGACAUUUCUCACACGACACACGUCUUAUAUUAUGUUGGCUUGGAGUGUUGCUUUUAUUUUUAUCACCGUCUGCUCUGACUUCACAAGAACUAAUGGUCAGGAGUUGAGAGAGGCAGACUACUAUUCCACCCAAGUUCUAGAUGGGCAGCCGACAGUUCCGUUCGGCGACAGGCCGGGCGCCGCCACUAGCACCAACACCUGCCAACAUGUCAGGGCGGUGCCGGUCGAACUUCGAAGUCCGAACGCAAUAAAGCCGUCUGGAAUUGGACAGUUCUACCAAAAAUACACCGAGGCUUAUGGGAUUCCUGUUCUGUCGAGCGCCCAUGUUCCCGACGACGCCCUGAGACGAGCCUGCUACACCCUCCGGUUCCUCCUGGCUGACCACUCGGAGGUCCGCAGCGCCUUCUACCGUCUCUCUGGGCGGGUGGCCGUGUUGGGCAAGGACGAGGGCACCACUUACAUCCCCGAGCACAGCCACCUCGCACCCUGGUGGAACUUCAGGGCCCGCGGGCUGGGGGCCACGCCCAGAGCCCCGGUGUCGUCUGGGGGAGAGGAGAACCUCCUGUGCUACAGAUACGACUGGUACAGGGAGCAGGACAUUUUUCUUCAUGAAGCUUCGCAUGGUGUACAUCUGUUAGGUGCAGCUGUGGGUAUCCCAGGAUGGGACCAGCGACUCCGCGCCCUCUUCAACCAAUCAAAAGCUCGUGGCCUCUGGGCUAACACGUACAGCAUGACGUCACCGGAAGAGUACUUUGCUGAAGGCACCCAGAGCUACUUUAACGUCAACUCGUAUGUGCCCCGCCCCGACGGGGUGAGGGGGCCCGUGGACACGAGGGACAAGCUGCGAGCCUACGACCCGGGACUGUACAGCCUGAUACGCGAGGUCUUCCCCUGCGACAAUGUCUACCUCAGGCGAUGUUACAGUAAUAGAACCAUUGAGGACAGACAACACAUGCAGAUGGAUUGUGACCUGGGGAGUGGUGGCGCCUCAUGCUCUGACCAGCACGUGCACUGCGCCGAGUGGGCGGCCAUUGGUCAGUGUAGCCAGUACUCCGCCUACAUGACACGUCACUGCCGGGAGAGCUGUGAGCUGUGCUGACCCCAGUUGACCUGACCAAUGUUGUACCUACAACUUAUGUGUAGUACCUACAACUUAUCCCACACUGUUAUAGUUGUUGUAACAAUUCUGCUGACAC